CCCAGCGGUUCUGCGCAUGCGCGGGGGCCAUAUUAGCAGCGGUUAUUCGGUGAGCGCUGGUGGUUUAUUCUUCCGUGGAGUUAAGGGCUCCGUGGACAUCUCAAGUCUUCAGGGUCUUCCAUCUGGAAGUAUAUAAAGUUCAGAAAACAUGUCUCGAAGAUAUGACUCCAGGACCACUAUAUUUUCUCCAGAAGGUCGCUUAUACCAAGUUGAAUAUGCCAUGGAAGCUAUUGGACAUGCAGGCACGUGUUUGGGAAUUUUAGCAAAUGAUGGUGUUUUGCUUGCAGCAGAGAGACGCAACAUCCACAAGCUUCUUGAUGAAGUCUUUUUUUCUGAAAAAAUUUAUAAACUCAAUGAGGACAUGGCUUGCAGUGUGGCAGGCAUAACUUCUGAUGCUAAUGUUCUGACUAAUGAACUAAGGCUCAUUGCUCAAAGGUAUUUAUUACAGUAUCAGGAGCCAAUACCUUGUGAGCAGUUGGUUACAGCACUGUGUGAUAUCAAACAAGCUUAUACACAAUUUGGAGGAAAACGUCCCUUUGGUGUUUCAUUGCUGUACAUUGGCUGGGAUAAGCACUAUGGCUUUCAGCUCUAUCAGAGUGACCCUAGUGGAAAUUACGGGGGAUGGAAGGCCACAUGCAUUGGAAAUAAUAGCGCUGCAGCUGUGUCAAUGUUGAAACAAGACUAUAAAGAAGGAGAAAUGACCUUGAAGUCAGCACUUGCUUUAGCUAUCAAAGUACUAAAUAAGACCAUGGAUGUUAGUAAACUCUCUGCUGAAAAAGUGGAAAUUGCAACACUAACAAGAGAGAAUGGAAAGACAGUAAUCAGAGUUCUCAAACAAAAAGAAGUGGAGCAGUUGAUCAAAAAACACGAGGAAGAAGAAGCCAAAGCUGAGCGUGAGAAGAAAGAAAAAGAACAGAAAGAAAAGGAUAAAUAGAAUCAGAGAUUUUAUUACUCAUUUGGGGCACCAUUUCAGUGUAAAAGCUGUCCUACUCUUCCACACUAGGAAGGCUUUGACUUUUUUUUAACUGGUGCAGUGGGAAAAUAGGACAUUACAUACUGAAUUGGGUCCUUGUCAUUUCUGUCCAAUUGAAUACUUUAUUGUAACGAUGAUGGUUACCCUUCAUGGACAUCUUAAUCUUCCACACACAUCCCCUUUUUUUGGAAUAAAAUUUGGAAAAUGGAAAUGAA